AUGUUCGGAAGUCAAUUAGGAAAGAUCGCUUAUGAACACACUGCAAGGUGUUGGGUCACACUCUUAUAUAAGCUCGAAUCUUGGCUGGUUCACGUUGUUGUCGACACACGCACACCCGAAUGGACAUGGGGUCGUGACGCAUUCUGGAUGGCAUUUCUUGCAGCUUAUCCUGACUUCCCUCACGGCUCUUGGCCCCUUUGGAAUUCAAGAAUCAGUCUGGAAGGAGCGUUUAUUGAGUCGUGGACACUCACUGAGGAUCCAGAGGAUUCACCUGCGUUGAUCACAGACCAUGAUACUAUCAGAGCUGGUAUAUGGACCGAGUUUCAAAGACUAGCCGCUGAAUGUUUUCCGUACUCACUUGUAGCUGAGCUUUGA